ACUUUCUGUGCGAUCGUGCCGAAACAUAGAAAAACGUUUCUUGUGGUCGUGUGAUAUCUGAGUUAUAAGGUCUGACUUCUUUAGUAGGCAUUUGUUAGUUUGUUGGUAAGUUAUGGAUGAGGAUUUCGAAUUCCCAAAUGCUGGCAACAUGGAAUUGCCUGAGGAGGAAAUGGAGAGUUCCAACCUUAAGGUUGGGGAGGAGAAGGAGAUUGGGAAAAUGGGACUCAAGAAGAAGCUCCUGAAGGAAGGUGAAGGUUGGGACAGCCCCAACAAUGGAGAUCAAGUUGAAGUGCAUUAUACAGGAACCUUGCUUGAUGGAACCCAAUUUGAUUCUAGCCGUGAUACGGGUACACCUUUUAAGUUCAACCUUGGCCAAGGGCAAGUGAUCAAGGGAUGGGAUGAAGGUAUUAAAACUAUGAAGAAAGGUGAGAAUGCCCUUUUCACCAUACCCCCAGAAUUGGCAUAUGGAGAGUCUGGAUCUCCUCCCAAUAUUCCCCCAAAUGCAACUCUGCAGUUUGAUGUGGAAUUGCUGUCUUGGACAAGUGUGAAAGACAUAUGCAAGGAUGGAGGAAUUUUGAAGAACAUAAUUACUGAAGGGGAGAAAUGGGAUUAUCCUAAGGACCUGGAUGAAGUGUUUGUCAAGUAUGAAGCUCGGCUUGAAGAUGGAACAGUCAUUUCAAAAUCUGAUGGGGUGGAGUUCAUUGUGGAAGAGGGGUAUUUCUGUCGUGCCUUGGCUGAGGCUGUGAAAACAAUGAGGAAGGGAGAGAAAGUUCUCUUGAAUGUGAAGCCACAAUAUGCAUUUGGUGAGAGUGGAAGGCCAGCAUCAGGAGAAGAAGGUGGCGUACCUCCAAAUGCUUCGCUUCAAGUGGAUUUUGAGUUGGUCUCGUGGAAGAACGUGUCUGACAUUACUAAAGAUAGGAAGGUUCUCAAGAAAACUUUGAAGGAAGGAGAGGGAUAUGAACGGCCAAACGAUGGAGCUGUAGUUCAAGUGAAACUGAUUGGCAAGCUACAAGAUGGAACUGUUUUCACUAAGAAGGGCUAUGACGAUGAACAGCCAUUGGAGUUCAAAAUUGACGAAGAGCAAGUAAUUGAUGGACUUGAAAAAGCUGUGAAGAACAUGAAGAAAGGUGAAAUUGCAUUGCUGAUCAUACAACCUGACUAUGCUUUUGGUCCAUCUGGGUCCCCUCAGGAAUAUGCUAGUGUUCCUCCCAAUUCAGUUGUGUAUUAUGAAGUUGAGCUGCUUUCCUUUGUAAAGGAGAAGGAAUCAUGGGAUCUGAAUACACCAGAGAAGAUUGAGGCAGCUGGGAAGAAAAAGGCAGAAGGGAAUGCUUUAUUUAAGGUUGGAAAAUAUGAAAGAGCGUCAAAGAGAUAUGAAAAGGCCAUGAAAUUUAUUGAAUAUGAUUCUUCCUUCAGUGAUGAGGAGAAACAGCAAUCCAAGGCAUUGAAAAUCACAUGCAAUCUCAACAAUGCAGCCUGCAAGCUGAAGCUAAAGGAGUACAAACAAGCAGAAAAGUUGUGUACGAAGGUGUUGGAGCUUGAUAGUAGAAAUGUAAAAGCAUUGUACCGGAGGGCACAAGCAUAUCUUCAUCUUGUGGACUUGGAUCUAGCUGAGAGGGACAUUAAGAAAGCCCUGGAGAUUGAGCCAGAAAACAGGGAUGUAAAGAUGGAGUACAAAAUUUUGAAGCAGAAAGUUAGAGAAUUCAACAAGAAGGACGCACAGUUCUAUGGCAGCAUGUUUGCUAAACUGAAUAGACUAGAACAAGCAAGAACAGCAACAUCAAAACAGGAGCCUGUGCCAAUGACUAUUGACAGUAAAGCUUAAUCUGGAGCUAUCUUUGUCUGUGGCCGUUUACGAUUACUAAUACGAUAUUCUAAUUAAUGUGGUGUCUCCCAUAAGUAGCUUUGCUCAUGUCUUGUGUGAUUUUCAUAUCUCUCUGCCGUCAGGUGUCCUUCUUCAAAUAUAUGUACACCGAUGAUUAAUAAGAAAUGAAGUAAACCAAGUUUUGGUAAA